CAUAAUUAAUCAUCUCCUUAAUUUCCUACACAUAUGGCUUUGUUUUACUCAACAAAGCUAGUGUAUUCUCUUCUUCUUGCUUCUCUAACUCUCGGCUAUGGUGUAAUCGAGCUCCAAGCCUCCCGCCAUGUACAAAAUGUUGCAACUUAUAAUCAAUCUCUUUUAUCUGACGAUCAACCAUACCGAACUGCCUACCAUUUUCAACCCCUUAAGAAUUGGAUGAAUGAUCCGUGUGGACCGAUGAUAUACAGAGGAAUUUAUCACCUAUUUUACCAAUACAAUCCAAUUGGUGAUGGAUCACCCGAUGGUCCUCGUGUAUGGGGCCACUCAACAUCAUUGGAUAUGGUCAAUUGGACUCCACAACCCCUAACCUUGCAACCACAAAUGGUAUCGAAUAUGAAUGGGAGUUACACUGGGUCGAUCACUAUACUUCAGGGAUAUAAACCAGCCAUUCUCUUUACCGGAAUCACCCCUAAAAAUGAACAAGUCCAAGAUUUAGCCUUACCCAAAGAUUUAUCCGACCCAUUUCUUAAAGAAUGGGUUUUGGUGCCUCAAAAUCCAUUAAUGUAUCCUACCCUAGAAAAUAAUAUAAAUGCCAGUUCAUUUAGGGACCCGACAACUGCUUGGAUGUUGCCAGAUGGAAAUUGGAGAGUGGUUAUUGGGAGUAAAAUAGACCGUCUUGGUUUAGCUUUAUUAUUUAAAAGUAGGGAUUUUAUUAAUUGGGUACAAGUCGACCACCCUUUAUAUUCAUAUGAUCAAACUGGUAUGUGGGAAUGUCCUGAUUUUUUUCCUGUUUAUAGAAGUGGGUUACCAAUUGGUGUUGAUACCUCGGCUAUUGGUCCUAUUGUUAAACAUGUGCUUAAGAUUAGUUUAGAUGAUACUAAGCAUGAUGUAUACACAAUUGGUACGUAUGAUACUAUGAGAGAUGCAUAUGUUCCUGACGUGGGUUUUGAAAACGAUUCGAGUUUAAGGUAUGAUUAUGGUAAAUAUUACGCUGCAAAAACAUUUUAUGAUAGUUCUAAGAUGCAGAGGAUACUGCUUAGUUGGGUUAACGAGUCAUCGAGCUUGGAAGAUGACAUUAAAAAGGGAUGGUCUGGAAUUCAUGCUAUUCCUAGAAGAGUUUGGCUUGACACAUCAAAAAAGCAAUUGAUUCAAUGGCCAAUUUCAGAAAUUGAACUCUUGAGAGUUAACCCUGUCAUAUUACCCACCCAAGUGCUUAAAGGAGGAUCAACCAUAGAAAUUCUGGGGAUUACUGCUGCACAAGCAGAUGUAGAAUUAUUGUUUCGAAUUAGAGACGUAUCAAUCGUUGAGAGGUUUGAUGCAAGUUGGACCAACCCACAAUUACUUUGCAGCCAAAAGGGGGCCUCAGUAAGUGGUGGGCUCGGCCCAUUUGGGCUACUCACUUUGGCUUCUAAGGGCCUCGAAGAGUAUACUGCUGUUUUCUUCAGGAUUUUUAAAGAUUAUGACAAUAAUAGAUUUGUUGUUCUAAUGUGCAGUGACCAAAGCAGAUCUUCUUUAAAUCCAACACCAGAUAAAACAACAUAUGGAACUUUUGUGAACGUCGAUCCCACUUUUGAUGGGUUACGUUUAAGGACUUUGAUUGAUCACUCUAUUGUGGAGAGCUUUGCGAGCAAAGGGAAAAAUGUGAUAACGGCAAGGGUUUAUCCCACAUUGGCAAUAUAUGAUAAGGCUCAUUUGUAUGCCUUCAACUAUGGCAAUGGCAGCGUUGAUAUCACUUGGUUGACUGCUUGGUCUAUGAGAAAAGCUAAUAUUGCUUAAUUAGAACAACUUGAAAUCAAACCACUGCGCUCUGCUCGAUCCUCAACAUAAAUUACUAUCUUACUCUUAUUGUGUACGUUUACCUUAAAAAACAAUCGUUUAUAUUAUACUAUAGUAAUAUACUCAAUAUGAGUUGUAUUGAAACUUUGUAACAAAUAUACUUUGAGAAAUGAGAAUAUAUAGUUUGAAAAAAAAAGUUGAU